UGGCGGGCUCUGGCCCUCGCGCUUCUGGUUGGACGCGUGGCGUCAGAGUGUCGCGACAUGCACGACCGGUGCCGGGCGUGGGCGCGGCAGGGCGAGUGCUCCGCAAACCCGGCCUUCAUGCACGGCUCGUGCGCCGCGUCCUGCGACACGUGCGGCGAAAUGCGGCGCGAUUGCGGAGAGCUCGGGCCGGAUGCGCUGAGCGAGGGCGGGAUUACCGAGGCGAUGGAGCGUAUGCUCAGCCUGGAGGGCUACGGCGGCCGGAUCUUGAGCCGCGACCCGUGGGUCAUCCUCCUCGAGACCUUCCUCGACAAGGAUGAGGUGGCGAUGGUGAUCCGCGUGGGUGGUCACAACUUCUCGCGCUCGCUCGCCGGCGCGGGCAGCGGCUUCGUGUCGGCGCGCACGUCCUCCACCUCGUGGUGCAACGUGCCGAAGUGCGAGCGGGACCCGGACAUGCUCGCCCUCAAGCGCAAGAUCACGGGCGCGAUUGGCAGCUGCCCGAUGGCAAACACAGAGCACCUGCAGGUGCUGCGGUACGAGCCCGGCCAGUACUACCGCUCGCACCACGACCAAAACUCGCCGCACGAGUCGCCGUCGGGCCCGCGCAUCUUCACCUUCUUCAUCCAGCUCUCGCACGUGCCAAAGGGCGGCGAGACGCACUUCCCGCGCCUCGGCCUCACCGUCGAGCCCAAGCCCGGGCAGGCCAUCGUGUGGGCGAGCGUGCGAGACGACGACGUCUACGCCGACGACCCGCGGACGGAGCACGAGGCACGCAGCGUCGAGGAGGGGGUCAAGUAUGCGGCCAACUUUUGGACGCACCUGCGCGACUUCCAGACGCCGCACGCCGCCGGCUGUAGCCCUAGCGCGGUGCCAUCGGGCACCGCCCGCAGGAAGGAGGGGAGGAGGCGAGCCGAGGAGUGGCGUGCGGCGCGCAGCGGAGAGGGCGGCUGGGAGCGCGGCGACGACGGCGGCGGCGACAGCGGCAGCCUUCAAGUGGAGCUGUGACAGACGCUAGGGGCCCAAGUGGGCGGGCGGGCCGGGCGGCGGGUGAGCUCGUGGCGUGACUCGAGGCGUGACGCGUGAGGGUGAGGGACGGCAGCGGUAGAGACUCGUUAGGUCGAUAGGAGGUGAGAUAUUU